CGGCGGCUGACGGGGACGGAGGAGGAAGAGCAGCAGGUGGUGGCGGCAGCGGCUGGAGCCAGCAUGCCCGUCGCUAAGCGUCGGGGCUCCCGCAGCAGGCCCGAGGACGGGCCUCCCCACGGGGCGAGAGGCAAGUGCGGCCCCUUUAAGGCUCCUCUCGCUACUUCGCCGCGCUCGCGACUGGCUCGAGGCCGCGCGGUAAACACUCGGGCCGGUCGGCUCGUGACGUCACCUCUGAGGACGCUCCCCCUUAAAGGGGCAGGAGCCGGACGGCCGCAGCUGCCCUGCCUAUGGCACAGCCCGGGUAGGAUGCCGGCCGCAGACUAGCAACCUCGAGCCGGAGGCCUCUUUCGUAAUUAGGACUUUUUUGGGGGGGGGGCACACACACACACACACACACACACACACACACACACCUCUCUCGCGGCAGAGGAAAUGGUACACGGGGCGCGGAGAAAUGUGCCUUUUUUGUGAUAAGCAUCCCCUGCAUCUCCCGUGCGCGGACGAUCCAGGCGUAGGUUCUUGGGAGAUGCUGAAAAGUUUUCAGCAGAAAGGCAAUGCACAGGAAGAGAAAUGCACUAGAGGACGCGCCAGCUCUCCGGAAGGCGCCUGGCAAAGAGAGGAGGCGGCAGGUGCGCCUACCUGCCUAUAUAUGGGAAGGUGUUUCUGCCUCCAGCAUUGCUGACUUUCAGGAGAAAUGUACACACAUUUCUGCUUUCGCAGGCACUUGGCGGCUGAAGGAUACCGGUCAGGGUAACCUUGCCCUUAGCAGGAAUGAGGGUAUGCUAUUGCUUUAAAAAGUUCUAAAUGCAUGGGGUUUUUUUUACUUGUUUCUAGUUGAUUUUGAAGCGUUUAAAACGUCUUUUAAAAUUGUAUUAACUUUUGGAUGUUUGCUACCUGGGGCUCCUUUGAGAGGAAGGAUGGAAAUCUAAGAAAUAAAAUCUAAAAAGAGCUCAUCCCUGGAGUCAGUAAUUUAGGACAGGACGAGCUGCAACGUGCUUAACUAUUCAGUGCAGAAUUACAACAUACAAAUGUUUACUAAAGGAGAACUUUGCAGUUGCUUGUUGCAGCAGCAAGAGCUUUUGAUGGUAUUGCCAGCAACAUGCUCAGUUCUCACUGCCACCAGUGUUGCUGUGUUGUUGGCGCCUUAAUGUUCACCCUGAACGUUAGGAGUAACUGGAAUACUUGUUUAGUCUCUUCUGACAUUUAUUUGUUGGCCCUCUUUAGCCAUGGUUCUCAGAAAUGCUUACCAAAAAAUCCCCAAAACCAAAAAAAGGGCACCUAAAUCCAACAGUUGGAGUUGGCCUGCAUAAAGGUCUUCUUAAAGAGUUCAGAUCCCAUCCGUCCCCCGGCUUAAAAUAGCUACCUGCAAUUUUUAUGUCUUUUAAAAAGGGUUUCCAAACCCUGCUGAAAUGGAAUCACCUAGUUUUGAUGUAACGUUCUACUUUCAACCCUAGGUGUACCAGUACAGUACUUCCUUACCAGGAAACAAGGUUGCCACCUAUUAUUUGUCCAGCACCAAGGCAGCUGUUUCUACAAUGGGGCAGACUACAGACGACAUUUCUGCCUACUAUGCAGGCCCAAAUGGUGGAUGGAAGGGCAUUUCUAGCAGAAUCCUAGUCUAGAACUUAUCAACUGCACUCAUCUGAAAAAAAGGGAAGUUUAUACAAUUUGUUGCCCGGAUACAGAGCUUAGCCAUUCCCCACCUCCAUGCAGAUGGCUGGUAGGCAGCAACUUGCCAUGCUGUAACCAGGAGGAGAACAUUGGCCAUGCUCCUGGAAAACACCAACAAUCUCUUGUUAGGAGGCACAUUAUUAUAGCCUCUUGGCUGCCCACAAAGAAGGGGAAUUUCAGGAACAUCCUUGCUUGGAGGAAGAGCUUACAAACAAGAAAUGAAGACCAAAUAUGAACAAGCACAGAACUGAACAAGAUUUUAGAAUGAUUUUUUGUUGAAAAUUACUCCCCCCCCCCACAUUUGUGGUGAUAAUAAAAAUAUACACCCCUCCAUAA